ACUCCCUUCUAUCCUUUUCUCUUUCCCUUCUUCUUCUUCUUCUCCGCCAACCCCCAAAAGACCACUUGGUCCAUUCACCCUUUCCCCCCUAUCUUACUCCCUUCAUUCCUUAAACCCUGCCAAAACCAACCUCGUACUCUCCGGCCACCGGACAGCCACCACAACUCCGGCUGAGUACACGGAACUAAUUCAGGAAGUUCAGUUAUGAAUCCUUCACUUCUGUUAACCACAAAACCAUCUACCCCGAGUCACACCAUUUCCCACUCUACUUUACUUCCUCCUAAUCCUCUUCGCCUUGCUACUACUGUAAAUUACCGCCAUGCCCGCCGCCGCCGUUACCGCAUAUCCAUCCCCCGGGCUGCCAGUAGCGCCGCCUCCAUUACCUCAGAGUCUGCGACUCCCGCGAAACCUGUUGUGUUUGGGGAUAAGAAGGAGCUUACCGGAAUCCAAGCCCUGGUAGAUACAAUGUCUCCGCCGGUUAGAAUUGUCAGUUCCGCACUUGUAUUUUCCGUCGCUGUUGCAGCUGGUUAUGGACUUGGGUCCAAGUUCGGUGGGUCCCGUAAUGUUGCAUUCGCCGGUGCUGCUGCUGCUGGCGCUGCCGGUGCUGGUUUGGCUUAUGCGAUGAAUUCUUGCGUUCCCGAGGUUGCUUCCGCGACCUUGCAUAAUUACGUGGCUGAUAUUGACGACCCCGAGGCCUUGAAGAAGGAAGAUAUUGAGGCUAUUGCCAAUAAAUAUGGGAUUAGCAAACAAAAUGAAGCUUUUAAUGCAGAGCUUCGUGAUAUCUAUUGCAGAUAUUUAUCUUCUGUCCUUCCUCCUGGAAGUGAAGAUCUUAAAGGGGAUGAAGUUGAAAAAAUUAUGAAGUUUAAAAGUGCAUUGGGUCUUGAUGAUCCAGAUGCAGCGGCAAUGCAUAUGGAGAUUGGUAGGCGCAUAUUCAGGCAAAGGCUUGAGACUGGAGAUCGUGAUGGUGAUCAAGAGGAGCGUCGGGCAUUUCAGAAGUUGAUUUAUGUAUCUAACCUUGUGUUCGGGGAAGCAUCUUCUUUCCUUCUACCUUGGAAACGAGUUUUCAGGGUCACCGAUUCACAGGUUGAGGUGGCUGUCCGAGAUAAUGCACAAAGGUUGUAUGCCUCCAAGCUUAAGUUGGUUGGCCGAGAUGUCAAUGCUGAUCAGCUGAUUAAACUCAGGGAAGCACAACUUACAUAUCGUCUGUCAGAUGAGCUCGCUGAGGAUAUGUUCAAAAAUCAUACGAGAAAGCUUGUUGAAGAAAAUGUUUCAAAUGCUCUUAGUUUGUUGAAAUCUAGAGCGGAAGCCAAUUUGAUUAUUGAAGAGCUCAAUAAGAUACUGGAAUUCAAUGAUUUACUCAUCUCAUUGAAGAAUCAUCCUGAUUCUAGCCAGUUCGCUCGAGGAGUUGGGCCUGUUUCUUUAGGAGGUGGAGAAUACGACUCCGAUAGCAAAAUAAGUGGCUUAAAGCUUCUUUACAGGGCCUAUGUUUGGAAUGCAUUAUUAAGUGGCCGCAUGGAAGAUAGUAAGCUUGUUGCUUUGGGUCAGUUGAGGAAUAUAUUUAUUCUCGGUAAACGGGAAGCUGAGUCUAUUGUGCUAGAGGUUACCGCGAAGAAAUAUCGUGAGCGACUUGCUCAAGCUGUAACUAGUGGCGAAUUGGCAGCUGCUGAUAGUAAAGCGGCUUAUCUCCAGAGUCUUUGCGAGGAGUUGAAUUUUGAUGCGGAGAAGGCUGUUGAGAUCCAUGAAGAAAUAUAUCGGCAAAAGCUUCAGCAAGCUGUGGCUGAUGGGGAACUGAGUGAUAAAGAUGUCAAAACGUUGGAACAGGUGCAAGUUUUGUUUUGUAUUCCCAAGGAAACAGUCGAGGCCGCUCAUGCCGACAUCUGUGGCAGUUUAUUCGAGAAGAUUGUCAAGGAAGCAGUUGCUGCUGGAGUUGAUGGAUAUGAUCCUGAAAUUAGGAAAUCUGUGCGGAAGGCUGCUUAUGGUUUACGCUUAACCAGAGAGGUCGCCAUGAGCAUCGCUAGCAAGGCAGUUCGGAAGAUCUUUAUCAGUUACAUCCAGAGAGCACGAGGAGCUGGUAGCCGGACUGAAACUGCAAAAGAACUGAAAAAAAUGAUAGCCUUUAACAGCUUGGUUGUGACAGAAUUAGUGGCUGAUAUUAAGGGUGAAUCAUCUGAUACUCCAACUGAAGAGCCUGCCAAAGAGGGUGACAAACCAACUGAUGAGGUUGAGGAGGAGGAAUGGGAAUCCCUGCAGUCACUCAGGAAAGUGAAACCUAGUAAAGAAAGUUUGGAAAAGAAGGUCCAGACCGAGAUUAAUCUAAAAGAUGACCUUCCGGAAAGGGAUAGAGCCGAUCUGUACAAGACAUACUUGCUAUAUUGUCUCACCGGAGAAGUGAGAAAUAUCCCUUUGGGUACCCAGUUCACCACAAAGAAGGAUGAUUCUGAGUAUGUUUUGCUGAAUCAACUUGGUGGGAUACUUGGGUUGACACCUAAAGAGGUUGUUGAUGUGCAUAGAAGCUUGGCAGAGCAGGCCUUUAGGCAAAAAGCUGAGGUGAUUUUAGCUGAUGGGCAAUUGACUAAAGCCCGAAUAGAGCAGCUAAAUGAUUUGCAAAAGGAUGUUGGUCUACCAUCUGAGUAUGCUCAAAAGAUAAUCAAGUCAAUUACCACAACAAAGAUGGCAGCUGCACUUGAAUCUGCUAUUAGUCAGGGGAGGCUUAGUGUAAAAGAAAUUAGAGAGCUAAAAGAGGCCGGUGUUGAGGUUGAUUCCAUGAUUUCUGAUAGUUUACGAGAACGUCUGUUUAGGUUAACUGUGGAGAAGAUGUUGUCAUCGGGUACUGGAGAAUUUGAUGAAGAGGAAGUGUAUGAGAAUAUCCCAAAAGAUCUCAGCAUAGAUGUUGAGAAAGCCAAACGAGUUGUUCAUGAUCGUGUACGGAAUAGGAUAUCAAACUCGCUGAUAGAUGCUGUGUCAUCUCUCCGUCAGAGAAAUGAGUCUGGGGUGGUGGCAUCACUUAAUGACUUGUUAGCCUGUGACAAAGCUGUGCCAUCAGACCCGUUAUUGUGGGACAAUUCAGAGGAGUUGGCUGAUCUAUUUGUGAUUUAUCUAAAGAAUGAUCCAUCAUCCGAGAAGGUGUCUAGAUUACAGUACCUUCUGAACAUUAGUGAUUCAACUGCUGAAGUCUUGAAAGAAAGGAAGGAUCAAGCCUUGCCUAUAGGAAAAAGUGGUGGUGCCGAUGACUUCAACUUCUAAAUGUUUUAAAAGGAUUAUUUGUUCUCAUUUUGUACUCCUCCAAAGAUUGAAAAGGAAACAAACGUUGCUAGCUCUUUUUGGCUCUGCCUAGAGAGAAAGAAGAAGAGAGUAAUAGAAAGAGAUGAUAAUAGUAGUGUAAGAGGCAUUAGCCAGUUUUGACCAAUUCUUUUGAAGCAUAGUUAAUCAUAUUACCUUCUUAAUUCUGCC